CCCGCUCGCCCGCAGCAGCGACGGCGCCGCCGCCGGGAUGGCAGAGCGGUCGCGUGGCGUUGAAGGCUCUAUAUGAGUCGGAAGGAGAAGGACCUGCAGUGGGAGAAACUCUCCCCUGCAGAGUUCCAGCAACUUCAAGAUCUCCAGUCAUAUUCAUCAAAGAAACUACAAGAUGUGCUGGACGAGUGUAGCGGCACUGGACCCCUGUCGCGCUACUGCCUCGAAGAUGAUAUCGACUUCGAGGGCUUCAGGCUGUUUAUGGACACAUACCUGGAAGCAGAAACCCCCGAGGAGCUGUGCAAACAUCUCUUCCUGUCUUUCGUCAAGACACCACAUGCCAAAGAGCCGGGUGGGAGUGAUGAGGAGGAGGAGGGGGCGGCGGCGGCGGCGGUGUCGUCGCCCACGUCUGUGCGCCACGUGGGAGCCACGUGGGCGUCGGCGAGCAGCCUGGCGCCCAGCAGGCUGGCGGAGCGCCUCGGGCUGGCAGACCGCGAGCGCCAGGCCCGCGCGUCAGACGCCGGCGCGCGGCCCCGCACAGCGGAGGAUCAGAACGUGUCUAUAGUCUAUUAUUGA